GUAGGUGGUGACGUUUCUGGCCGGGGACGUCGCACGAACGAUCGGUGGAUUAUGUAAAAGUGGAAUAAAGACUCUUUGUUCGAGACACUCUUCCGCGUUAAAAUGAAUUACUUUGGCGAAUUGACGCAACAGUGCGAAUGCCAGAUGCCACAUGUGCUAUGCUAACACAGAUGCGCACUGCAACACCGUCGCAAGUUAGUGCGUUUUUCGUCGCUAUAAAACGCAUCGGCAAAGGUCGAGGUAGCCAGAGUCAAGUUCUUCCAACAGAAACAGCAGACAUGAAAGGAAAGGUGUUGUGCAUUCUGCUAACUCUCGUGGCCUGCACCACGGCCGCCUCAAUUGGUGGCUUUGCUGACCUCGGACCGUUCCAGGCAUUCGCAAAUGGUGGCUUCAACUUAAAACCACCAAGCCUUCCCAAAAUCCCCAGCAUUCCCGGCAUUCCCAGCGUUUCCAGCAUUCCCAGCAUUCCCGAAAUUCCUAAUAUUUCUUUCCUACCCUCGCUCAACUCCAACAGCUCAGCCAACUCCACUAGCAACAGCACCGGCUCUCUGUUCGGACCUUUUACUCCGUUUUUGAACGCUAUCCCGGGCCUGGGCAGCCUGAUAUCAGGAGGUGGACUGCUGAGUGGUAUGUCUCCUUUUCCCAACAUCGAGGACCUGGUUUCCAGAAUCCCGGGUAUCGGAAAUAACCGUAACGGCACCAACAGCGGCAACGCAACCGAUAAUGGAAACCGAACUGUGGAAGUCCCUCCCUUUUCACCGUCGAUCGGUUAUGGCCAGGGUCCCUACAUUCCCGGAGUAUCCGAGGCUCUGGCUGAGGCUCGCAAACACAUCAUCGCAGCGCUGAAUAUCACCUCGGACUUCAGCACCGGAAUGAGGGACGCCGUACAGCUCGCACUUGACAGCGAUCGUCCGGUCGAGAGUAUUGGAGUAAUCAUGAACACCAUCGCCAAAGUGUACAGUACCGUCGCCGCGAACUGCCCGCUGAUCUUCGUCGGCCACCGUGUGUUCGCCGAGGGCGUGAGACUAGCUUUUGAGGUGGCUAGAUCUAUUAGUAACGUCGUUGCGGGAUCAGACAGUAAUGUCGUCAUUGGCUAAAAUAUAACUUUGGGCUGAUAAAUAACGAUGUAACUAAUGUUUUUAAUGAAUUAAGAAAUAAGCAGUUCCUUUCAAAAUUACUCCGACAGUCCAUCAACAUUUUUAUUGAUUUAAAAGCGUAUAAUAAAACAGCUUCAAAAUCAAGACACAAUAAAAUAUCCCGUUAUAGAGAAAAUAAACGAAUAAACCUCAAAUUUAUAUGCUUCAGCAUGAAAAAGCGCAUCCGUUCGUAAAGUAAACACGCGAGCUCUUUCUCACUCGUAUAUUGAACAUUCAAAAAAAAUCUUGUUUUCAACGCAUACUCCUUUGCAAUUAUGCAACGGCUAUUCGCCCAGACCGACUCGCUGUUGAGCAGACGAUAAAGUUUACGGUUUCAAGUAUAUUUGCCUUCGACUUGACUGUGCAUAGAAUCCUUCGUAAAGCACGUACUUGUACGCGCAAGCCGGCGAGGAUUAAAGGGCGAAAUGAAGAGCAUAUAACGCAGCUGAUUGUUGUCAGAUUCCGGUCUUCGAAAUCGAGAAUGUUAUAAUAAAUUAUCGACAGUAAUUCUUAUAGUCGCAAUAUUUAAUGAAAUAUUAUUACAAUGUUUGUUUUUCUGUUAUAUUUUUCAUGAAAAUAUCCUUGUUAGAAAUAAUAAAACUAAUUAACUAACA